AAACUCGAUGUGAAUGAUAAAAUAUCUUUUUGCUGACAGUUAAUAAAACUCCUAUUGUGCGUGCAUAAAUAUUUUUUAUAAAAAUUUUGUGUUUUCUGUACGAUUUAUAUAAUCAAUAAAAAAUAGUAUAUCAGUACAACACAAUAAAUCAGUGUGUGAAAAUUCUCCAAAGGUAAAGGAUAUAUUAAUAUUUAUGGCAAUCUCAUAUUAUGUAUCAACACUAACAGCAAAUAGUCUCUGUGCAAUGUGUGUCAUAGUUACAAUGAUGUUCUAACAAAAAUUAUUUUCAUUCAUGGAAAUUUGAUGUGUCUGGUGAUAAGUUUCUAAUUGUAGUUCAUAAUUAUUCUUCGUUAUUUUAAAACAUUUUACUUCUGUUCUAAUAAUGAUAAACAGAAGUAGUUUCAUUUCAUUGUUUUGUGUUCAUAAUAUGGAAAUAAUUUAAUUAAGCAAGCAUUGUGAUAAAUUAAUCAAGUAAAGAAGAAUAAUUUGGUUAAAGUUACACUUUAAACGAACUUUUCAUGCAGUGCUUUACUGAACAGUUAUAAAUACAUUAAAAUUAAAUAUUACUGAUUACAGUUGCAGAUAAUUAAGCUGUGUGUCACUUCAUAAAAUAUGUAUGUUAAACAUAUAUUUAUACACAAGAAAUAUAAAUUGUGAUUUUUUCUGUUUGCACUGGGAAAAUAUUUUCUUUAUAAAGUUUUUAUAAUUUAAUAUUCGUAAAUAGAAUUACACUUUGUUGUCUUUCUUGUAUUUAUGUUAAUGAAUAUGAGCUUACUUUUCUUGUGCAUGAUAGAACAUUGAUAUCAAAAUUGGAAAUUAAAGUUGUUUUUUUUUAAAUCUUUAUAGAUAAUUUCAAACCUUUUGAGUCAGUGAAACUGAAAAAAAAUUUCUUUGUUUAUAAUGAACUUUAUUUCUGCAGUGUCUUUGUUUAUUAAAUGCUAAUACAAUCAAAUUUGAUAAUUUCACAAUCAUAAUAGUUAAUAUCAUAAAGUAAAAUAAAUUAAUUUAGUUUUGUACCUUGAUAUGUUCAACAAAAGAGAAAUAUUAAAGCUGGUUAUGAAAAAUAAAAAAUGUUUACAUCUCAAUUUAAUUUAAAUUAAUGCUUUCAAAGAUGCACCUAUUAACAAAUCAAAUGCCUGUUGUAAGGUGACCAUAUUUCUACAGUAUUAUACUUUAUUUAAUUAAUAAUUAAGUCAAACUAAGUGACUUGAUACAGCAUCUCUUUUUUGUAUCAUAUGUAAUUAAGGCCUAAUUUAAUUCAGAACAAGUAUCCUGUAAGUAAACCUUAUUCUUGUUAUUGUAACAAGAGGUUUUCAGGAAAAAGUUCGACUAAACACUGUGAAAUUCUUACUGGUGAGAAUACUUUUUCUUGUUGUAUAUGUAAUAAGAUAUUCCCAAUGAAUUAACACAGUUGUGUUCAUAGUGGGGAAAAACCUUAUUCUUGUACUAUAUGUAAUAACAGUUUUUCAGGGGGGAAAAAAUAAUAUGACUAAGCACAGUCGUGCUCAUACUGGUAAGAUACUUUUUUCUUGUACCAUAUGUAAUAAGAGUUUUUCACAAAAAAGUCAUCUCACUACACAUGGUCGUGUUCAUACCGGUGAGAAGCCUUAUUCUUGCAGUUUAUGUCAUAAGAGUUUUUCAUUGAAAAGUUAUCUGAGAAAACACUGUCGUCUUCAUACUGGUGAGAAGCCUUAUUCUUGUAGCAUGUGUGAUAAAAGUUUUUCAUUGAAACGUUAUCUGAGAAAACACAGUCGUGUUCAUACUGGUGAAAAGCCUUAUUCUUGUAGUUUUUGUAAUAAAAGUUUUUCAUUCAAUUGUAAUCUGAGAAAACACUAUCGUGUUCAUACUGGUGAGAAGCCUUAUUCUUGCAGUUUAUGCCAUAAGAGUUUUUCACAAAAAAUGAUUCUGAAUCAACACAGUCGUGUUCAUACUGGUGAGAAGCCUUAUUCUUGUAGUAUAUGUAAUAAGAGUUUUUCACUAAAAGGUAAUCUGACACGACACAGUCUUGUUCAUACUGGCGAGAGGCCUUAUUCUUGCAGUUUAUGUAAUAAAAGUUUUUCAAUAAAAAGUAAUCUAAGAGAACAUGGUAGUGUUCAUAGUGGUGAGAAGCCUUAUUCUUGUAGUAUCUGUAAUAAAAGUUUUUCACGAAAAGCUAGCUUGACACAACACAGUCGUGUUCAUACUGGUGAUAAGGCUUAUUCUUGCAGUUUAUGUCAUAAGAGUUUUUCACAAAAACUGAUUCUGAAUCAACAUAGUUGUGUUCAUACUGGGGAGAAGCCUUAUUCUUGCAGUAUAUGUAAUAAGAGUUUUUCAGAAAGAGGUAAUCUGACAAAACACAGCCGUGUUCAUACUGGUGAGAAGCCUUAUUCUUGUAGUAUAUGUAAUAAGAGUUUUUCACUAAAAAGUUAUCUGAAAGAACACAAUCGUGUUCAUACUGGUGAGAAGCCUUAUUCUUGUAGUAUAUGUAAUAAGAGUUUUUCACUAAAAGGUAAUCUGACACGACACAGUCUUGUUCAUACUGGCGAGAGGCCUUAUUCUUGCAGUUUAUGUAAUAAGAGUUUUUCACAAAAACUGAUUCUGAAUCAACAUAGUUGUGUUCAUACUCGGGAGAAGCCUUAUUCUUGCAGUAUAUGUAAUAAGAGUUUUUCACUAAAAAGUAAUCUGAAAGUACACAAUCGUGUACAUACCGGUGAGAAGCCUUAUUCUUGCAGUUUAUGUAAUAAGAGUUUUUCACAUAAAAGUCAUUUCACUAGACAUGGUCGUGUUCAUACUGAUGAGAAACCUUAUUCUUAGAUCACCUUUGAACGUUUUUAUGCCUAUAUUCGACCAAAAUUUGAAGAAUGCACAAGAUUACACAAACUCUUAAAAAAUAAUCGAAAUUAGUAAAUCAUAAUAAGUUUUUUUUUAUUCGAAAAACUAUUUAACUAUAUAAUUAAAUUUAAUAAGGAAAUAUGCAAAUGGUUUUUAUGUGUCAUUUUGAAAUAACUCCCCAGUUCAUUAAAACAAAAAUUUUGUCAUGAGGUUUUUAUGUAUUAGUGUGUGAUAUUAAUUUGUAGUUCUUUUCUUAUAAUGGUUCAGCACAUUUUCAAUAUCUUGUUAUAAAUAUUUCUAUUUUUUUAUUGACGGUUAAAGAAAAUGCACAUUAUUUAAUUUUAUACUUAUACUGUGUAUUUUAUUUUUUAAGCUAUCAUAAUGAUGUUCAUGUGAGGUGAUUUAUCGUCACAUUUUAUGUAAAGUAAAAAUUUUCAACUUUUUUAACAAUCAUGUUCCUAAUGUUGAAUAAUCUAUUUUUUGUUGUGUGUGUGAUAAAAUAUUUUUACAAAAUAGAUAGCUUUCAGGUUGCUCAUAGUCGUGUUUAUUAUGGUAUAAUCUAACUUUUGUAUGGUGCGAGAUAAUAUUGUACUUAUUGUCAAAUGAGAUUACUCAGCACUUUAAAAAGUUGAAUUUGUAAUUCUGGAUAAUGUAAUUUUUGUGUGUGUGUGCGUAAUAAAAUUUUCUCAUAAAAUAGCA